AAGGCAAGCGGCCCCGCUGCCGCCGCAACGAUGAUGAUGACGAGCCAUGUCGGUGAUGUUUCGGAACUGGGUUUCCGAGGCAAAAAUAUUGCCAAAAAAAAAUCCAAGCUGACAGGCAAGCGGAUGGAUAUAAAAACGAAAGCGUACGAGAAGCAGACAAACAGUUCCACUUGAUACUCGAAAGACGAUAGAACCCAGAGAUCUCUACUCCACUCCCGUCAUGCAUUUGCUUAUGAGUCUCUUUGGAGUGCUGGCUGUGAUGCAGCAGCAGCUGGCGGUUCGGGCGGCCGCCUACAUUCCCGACUCGGAUAGGAAUACGAAAACACUCCAGAAUGAUCUCCAGGUGGAGCGGGAUGGUAACUAUCGCUAUGCCUACGAGACAUCCAAUGGCAUUUCGGCCACUCAGGAGGGCCUCGGAGGCGUCUCCGUUCAGGGCGGCUCCAGUUACACCUCCCCCGAAGGAUCUGUGAUCAGUGUUAGCUAUGUGGCCGACGAGACCGGCUAUCAUCCCGUGGGUGAUCACAUUCCCAAAGUGCCCGACUACAUUCUGCGCGCCCUGGAGUACAUUCGCGCGCAUCCGUACCAGGUGAAGGAUUACUAUACGGGCGAGCUCAAGACAGUGGCCCACGAUGCGGCCGCUUUUAAUGUCUACACCCGGAACAUCCAGGACCAGACGACACCUCGUUCCCGGCCAAGUUCCACACCAAAGACCAUAUAUUUGACCCAUCCACCCACGCUAUCGGAUGCCCCAACACGGCGACCUCUUAGACAGCGUCAAAACGAUUCGAGACGCCGAUGAUCCGAUGAUCGGUGAUCGUUGAUCGGUGCUAGGGGCAGGUCUCAAUAGAACACCAUGCAAAUCUGUGAAUUUCAAUCUUACCAAUUAAUUAAGCCACAAAAACAAUAAAUAUAGAAGUGCUAAGCAAAACAUAAGCUAUAUGCGAAAACAAAGAACAAAGGCCCAAUUUUGUGUUUAUUUUUGUUGUUGUCUGUCGCAAAAGAAGGCGCUAAUGUGAGGCAAUGUCUGGGUAACGUGAUGGAACAAUCUUUUGGCAUUUGAUUCUUUAUUUAGAUAAUUAAACUAGACAGUUUCAAUUUAUGUUUAGACAUGGGUAGACAAUAGGGGGGUGGAAUCGUGAUCGUAUGAGGAUCGUUUUGCACAAGCAAAACCCUGGUCCCCUGACAACAGUCCCAUUAAACGAGCAAAUCUACUUUAUUAUUGUAGAAUACAUUUUCUCUGCCAAUCAC